AUGGUCUACUGUGGGAAGCCAAGCAAGGGAUGCUCUAACUGUCGAGAGCGCAAGAUACGAUGUGAUCAAAGAGAGCCAGGGUGCGGGCAGUGUGAGAAGAGACAGCAAGAAUGCCCCGGGUAUCGAAACCUCGUCGACCUCAUGUUCCGCGAUGAAAGCUCCCAUGUCAUCAAGAAGGCUAGGGCCCGGGCCCGCAAGACGAGGAGUCUUGCCGUUGACCCCGCUACGCCAUCCGACUCGGAGGGCCGCUCGUCGCUCACCCCCGAGCCUCGAAGGAAACCACUGUCCUUAGUGGUCCCCACUUCCCCGGCACCAAGCAGCCCAGCCAGCUGGGACGCCCCGGCAUGCGAAGAGAGUUGUAGCCUGCUGUCACCCGAAUCAGGAAGUUGGCCAGUCACCCCUGCAGUGGCCCUGCUGUACAACCUCGCGCCGACUUGCCAAGAACAAGGCACCGCCUGGUUCUUCUCCCGAUACGUGACCAUGGAGGAGACGGCAUGUCACCAAAAGUUUGACUUUCUCCGCGAUGUGUGGAAGCCUUCGCCAUCGGCGUCGGGCCAGGUCGACGGCGUCCUUGCAAGCAUGACGGCCGUCGGGCUCAUGGAACUGGCUAGCAUGAAACAGUCGGUGGAUCUUAUGGAUGCCGCGAGGAAAUCGUACGGGACAGCAUUGCGGUUGGUAAAUCACGCAUUGCAGGAUCCAGCCGAAGCCGUCAAGGACAGCACAAUGCUGUCCGUACUGAUCCUCGGCGUGUUCGAGAUGAUGGCAGAAAACACACCGCGAACCUUGACGGUCGAGGCUUUCCAAAAACAUGUCAACGGGGCGGCGGAGCUUGCACGAAUGCGGGGAGCCGCUCAAUUCCAGACGCGGGCGGGCAGAAGGAUGUUCUCGAUGCUCUGCCAGCGAGCAAUUAUCAUCUGCGCUCAAAGAAAUGUGCCCAUGCCGGACGGCUUGAUAGAGCUCUCGCAAGAAAUGGCCUCAACCUUGAAGCCUGAAAAUCCGACUAGACAUUUACUGCCACUAGUGUGGGAGACACUUCAACUACGCUCAGAUAUCAAGAUGGGCGCCUUGGCUGAUCCCGAGAUCAUUCUCGGCAAGCUGCUGGCCAUUGAGGAGCGAUUUGAGAAACUAACCGCCCAGCUACCACCGUCCUCACAAUAUCGGACAUUCAAAGUAACACAACACCACCCCGCAGUAUUCGGGGGUAUUUGCCAUCUAUAUCCAUCCCUGCGACAGGCCAACCUUUGGACCUGCAUCCUCACAACCCGCAUCCUCGUGCUAGAAACCGUUGUCUCCAUCAUCUACCAUGACUCGCAGACCUUCGCCCCGAGGCUAUCCUCCACUUACUACAUGGACGAGUUUCACAAGGCACGGCGGAAACUGCGACGGCUGGUCCACGCCGUCACGGCGAGCGUGCCCCAACACCUGGGCCUCAUGAACGCCACCGACGGCAGCAUCGAGAGCCUCGAUCCGGGAGCCACACCGAUAGCGACCGUCGAGAUACGCCAGACGCCCAGCCCCCCGACAUCACCGUCAGCCAGGUCAUCCGACUCGGGCAGCAGCGUUUUUAGCCCCUGCUCCGAUCCUUCCUCGAAGCGGUAUCUGUCAGGACUCACCAUCCUCGACGUGACGCGCGCGCGGGACGCCGAAGAGGAGGCGGAGCGCUACAUGCUCCUCGUGUCGGCCAGGAGCACCGUCGUCUGGCCGCUGUUUGUGGUGGGCAUGUCGACGGCGUGCUCCGACGAGAUGCGCGCCUACGUCAUUGGUCGGCUGCGCACCCUGUACAUGGAGACGGGCAUCAGGCAGGCGGAUGCCGUGGCCAACAUUUUGGAAGAGCAGCACGAGGCGUCCGCGUCCGGGUCGUGGCUGGCUGGAGCGGGGGACAUGUCGUUGGCGUCGGCGAGGGAGGAGGAGGGGGAACUUGUAGAAGAGCAGGAGUCUGUGCUGUCACAGCUGUCGCUGUCGCUGUCUAUGGCCAGGCCGGGUUAUGGGAUUCUGACGAUGAGGGGGGAUAUGCCGCCGACGAAGCCGGAGUUUGACAUGGUUUGGGUGUAA